ACCAUACAGGAGUAAAAUUGAAAGAUGUAGACCAAAAUGUAGCUGGAUCAGAAUACAUAAACGCUAAUUAUAUUAAGAACGCGCCUGUUUGAGAACCUGCGAAUGCUCCCGCACGCACCGGGCGUGCAGGUGCAAGCGAUUCCCGAGGACGCGGUUCGCGACGAAUCUGACGACGAGGACAAAGCGAAUCCGGACGAGCGACUGUCGCAGGCCGCGCAGGACAAACGCAUCGCGCCCGACAACGAGUUUAGCGACUCUGAUGACGAGGCGGCGGCGGGUGGUUCCGCCUCUAGCGCCGGAGCCGGCGGUGGCCGAUGCGACCAGCGCUCGUUCAAGGGCCGCAAACGUCCGAGUCUCGACGCUGCUUCCGCCUCCAAGGCCGCCCCAGGCGCCGCUCAACCCUCCACCGCUGCCGGUUCAUCUGCGUCUUCCGCUGCCGCCUCCGAUGCGGCCGCCGACGUCAAGACCGAGGAUGUCAAGCCUGAAAUCAAAGAAGAGAAGGACGAAAAAGUGAGUGAAGAUUCAAAAGCCAGUAUAGCACCUUGAAGAGAGACGAGAUGGAAAAAAGUCAACUAGUUUUAUAUCUGACUAUUUAUUGGUGUUUUUCAUCUGCCAGUGAUCUCUGUGUGGAAGUGUUUUCAACAAAUUGUUUGAACUACUCAGCAAUUGACUUCUAGAACACUGGAAUCUACCUUCAAACGACUUUCUCUUUCAUUCCUUUUCAGAGAUAACAAAGUCUCAUAAUUUUAAAAGCAUUCUGUUAUUCAGUUUGUUGGAACAAUUGCAUUUGAAACCAAAGUAGAUAAUACUGUUUUGAUAUUGUAGCUAUACGUUAGUGAAUUUUACACUGUUGCUAUCAACAAACUUCCUAUGAAAUGUUGCCAAUUUUCAUCGUUU